CCACUACACCCGCUUCAAACCUAGCAAGGCGGUAUCGUCCCUUCAUGAAUUCAACAUGGAGGCGCAGGUCCAGUGAAAAUCAUUGCGUUUCGGUGUUGAAGCAGGUCUAUUCGAUGCGUUACCGUCAUGGACCGAGGGGUGUGAAUGACUCUUGGCCUGACAGAAGCCGUCGGCAGCUGCUCCUGAGCAGGAACACAUUAAUGCAACGACUGUUAUCAGGCUUGUUAGCUACGCCUUGUGGUUGGUUGUGAGCUGUGUGCUGCCGCAGACCCGGAUGGACUCAGACCAAAUCACCGGGGUGUACGGAAAAGUCAGCGGCCUCCGUGCGCCUGUUUCAGCGCAUGUGAGCGUGGAGCAGCUCCCGGAGGUCCGGAUCUACACCGUGACAACAGAGUGGAUUCAGAGUGACCUGGUCCAGAGCUCCAGACUUCGCUACUCGCAGCAGUGGACUCUGAUUGCUGACAGCAACAACCACCAGAGCAUCAGGACCAUCCUCCCACCUGGACCAUGUGCACCAGUGUCUGGAGAGUUAUUGAGUGAGCUCUCGCCGGUCCAUGGCCUGAGGGCUGUUGUCAGGGAGACAGGCAGCCAGCAUCUCCUAGAGAUCUGGGACCGUCACGGCCUCAGGAAAUGCCUCAACCUGUCCGCCUUGAACGUCCACGGCAGAGUGUACGACGACUCUCAGUUCGGCUGUCUGUCCUGGUCAGAGUGUGAGAGGAAGCUGCUGUAUGUAGCUGAGAGUAGCAGGAGCUCAUCGGCAGAAACGCGUGCCAGAGAAUCCACGAGCAGAAAGGACAGGAGCGUGUACCGUGAGGACUGGGGCGAGGCGCUGACCGGGAAGAGUGUCCCAGUGCUCUGUGUGGUGGAUUUGCACCAUGGUGCAGUCGACGUGCUGCAGGGCGUCCCGCCAGACGUCUCACCUGGACAGGCUCUGUGGGCUCCCGGCUCUCAGUCUGUGUUUUUUGUUGGUUGGUGCCUGGAGCCUUUCAGACUUGGGCUGAAGUUCUGCUCCAACCGCAGGUCAGCUUUAUUCAGACUCAGCCUGGAUGGACAUUGCGAAUGUAUAUCAGGGGACAACCUUUCAGUGUCCUGUCCCAGGCUGAGUCCAGAUGGAUCCAUGUUGAUCUACCUGCAGGGUCGAGUGUUCGGGCCUCACAACCAGUGCCACAGUGUGCAGCAGUUGGACCUGAAGAGUUGGAAGACCUCAACCUUGUUGGAUGUUGUCAGCAGACCUCAGGCUGGUGAGUUUGCAGGUGUGUAUGAAGCUCUGCCAUCCCACUGCUGGUCUGCAGAUGGUCAGAAAGUCGUGUUUAGCAGCGCCGUUAGAAACUGGAAGGAUGUCUUCAUGUUGGACAGAAAAACAAAGAAAGUCACUUCCCUCUCUGAUACUGUUCCCCUCUUUCCUCCUCCUCCGCCUACUCCACUGUCUCCUGUUCUUCCUCCUCCUCCUUCUCCAUUUGUCCAAAAUUCAGCUCCUCCCCUUCCUCCUGAGUCCUACUUUCCAAAUCCUCCUCCUCCUUCAUCAUCUCAUCUUCAUCAAGAACACCAGAGAGAGCUGGAAGACCUCUCUGAUCUUUCUAAGGUUUAUGGCAGCUGGAAGCUACUGACCCUUCAAAGAGACCUGAUGGUCGUCUGCUGCUCCAGUCCCAACUCACCUCCCACGCUGAGGGUGGGAUUCCUCCCAUCAGCAGGUGAGACUGUGACCUGGAGAACUCUGCAGCAGCCGGUCAUGACCUUUGAUUACCCCUGGAAAGUUCUAGAUGUUACACCUCCAUCAGAAGAGGACAACAGAUGUUACCCUGGUUUAGAUUUCGGAGCGGUCUUGGUCAAACCAUCACGUCUGAUCUGUGAAACCAGAACACCUCUGGUCGUCUUCAUCCAUGGUGGUCCUCACUCCCAGUUCCCUGCAGAGUGGAACAGCACCACCGCUGGACUGGUUGAACUGGGCUUUGCUGUGCUUAUGGUAAACUAUCGGGGAUCCACAGGGUUCGGUCAGGACAGCAUUUUGUCCCUGAUUGGUCAGAUUGGGAGUCAGGACGUACAAGAUGUGCAGCGAGCUGUUAUAGCUGCGCUACAGAGUGACAAAACCCUUGAUCCCAAACGUUUGGCUGUGAUUGGCGGCUCCCACGGUGGCUUCCUGUCCUGUCAUAUGAUCGGUCAGUACCCAGACUUCUAUAGAGCGUGUGCAGCCAGGAACCCGGUCAUUAACGCUGCUACACUACUGGGAACCAGUGACAUAGUGGACUGGCGAUACACAAGUGCAGGCUUUCACUUCUCAUACGACAACAUCCCUACUGCUGAAACCCUGGCUGCAAUGUUACAGAAGUCCCCCAUCACACAUGCUGCAUUGAUCAAAGCUCCAGUGCUACUGAUGUUGGGUGGGAAGGACAGACGAGUUUCUCCUCAUCAGGGUCUAGAGCUCUACAAAGUACUGAAGAGCCGAGGUUCACCGGUCAGGUUAUUGUGGUUUCCAGAAGAUGGACACUCUCUGUCCAGGGUGGACACUCAGGUUGACUGCUUCCUCAACUCCGUUUUGUGGCUGAACCAACACCUCUGAGCAAAUCCUCGCAGGCACUGUGACACGGCUGUUUUUAUUCUGCUGAAUGCAGCUGAAUUUUUGACACAACUCAUUUGUAAUAAAACAGACUCCGUUGUUUGUACUAAAUCCUAAUUUAGUAAAAUAUCUUUGAAACAAAAA